UUCUCCAGUCCCGUACUGCACUACUGCUUGCUGCUCGUGGCAUAGCAGCGGCGGUCGGUGGUCACCACCUAGGCCCAGCUAGCUGGAGUAGUUCAGUUCCAUUUCCACGCGCUGUUAUAAAACCCGCGGAAGCUUAGCAAGCAGCGGCUCUUUGAACUACAGUCCGCUUGUUUGGAAUUUUCGCCUCCGGGCUACGGCUGCUUGUCCGGUGUCCCUCCUUCUCCAGAGAAGCAGAGAAGCUCCAUCCCUCCGCCUCUGCCUCCCAACCAACCAAGCUCAGAGAGAAACCGCGCGCGCGCGCACGUGCCGCGCCCAUGAGGAGGCGGCGGCUGGCACGCGCCGCCGCCCUGUGCCUCGCCAUUGCCGCCGUCGUGCUGCAGCUCGCCAUCGCCGUCGACAGCGCAGGCACCGCCGGCAGGCCGUGGUCCAGGCGCGCUGAUCACAGGGCGCUCCCCACGACGACGAUGCCGCUGCCCAGGGCCAGAGGCAGAGGAGCGGCAGCGUUCGACGCCGCCGCGAACGCCCGGUGCAAGAGCAGCAGAGCUGCUCACAAGUCCUCCGCCGGUGUUCCUAGCGCUGCUGCGUGCGCCGGCGGCGACGACGACGACAAGCGCGUCGUCCCCACGGGCCCCAACCCGCUGCACAACAGGUGAUCGCGUCGCGCGCGCGAAGACGAAGUGCUCCCGCCUGCCAUUAUUGUCGAUUGCCAAUGGGAGGAGCAUCAGCUGGGGGCAAAGCAAGCAAAAUGCAAGGAGGAAGAAGGAGAUAGAUACAAAGGCCGGCCAGCCCGGUGGACCGGUGGGCAGCUCAAGUCAAGUGCCAGCCGAAUUUCUCGCUGCACAGUUGCUUCUUCAAAUUCUGGCGCUCGUCUCCUCUGUUCAUCAUGGACCAGAUACAUAGCAGUAGUGCUUUUGAACAAAUUAAUUUGGUCUCAAUUGAACUGCUAGUAGCUAGGUUAGCAAGUACGUACUUGAUUUUUAUUUUAUGUUUAGUUUUCUUCGUAUGAUCUCGACUGCUUCUUUCUUGUCUGAGCUUUUGUCCGCGAGUCCUUUGGUGUAUAUUCCGCCUAGCUGUGUUCGUUUGGUUCUAUCAGAAACAAGAAUUGUCCGGCUCAUCUCCUGCCUGGCCUUCAUCCGUGGGGGUGUUUGUUCUGAUUCCA